AUGUCGGACGUUCUCGUCUACUCGGGACCUGGCGUCUCCACCUCGGCGCUCCAUCACACUGUCAAGACGCUUCGGACGCUACUCACCACCUACGACGUCAAGACGGUGGAUGCCAAAACGCUGGCUCUCGAUCCAUGGCAAAAGGGAACUGCGCUUGUCGUUCUUCCUGGUGGUCGAGACCUGCCAUACGUCUCCGAACUAGCUCGCGCAUACGCCCGCAACAACGAUGGCAGCGCAUCGUCCAGCGCUCCACAACGAAGUGCUUCUCGUCAACUUCGAGACUAUGUGGAAUCGGGCGGAAGCUUCCUAGGCAUCUGCGCGGGUGCCUACUAUGCAUCGAGCCACUGCACGUUCGAAAAGGGCACCGGCAUGGAGGUGGACGGUGAAAGGCCGUUUUUGCGUUUCUUCCCUGGAACCUGCCAAGGCACGGUAUACCCAGGAUUCGUGUACGAAUCGGACAAGGGGGCUCGGAUCGUCGAUGUUGAACGCACGAAUGCUCGAGGCGAGAAGGACCAAUGGAGGUGUCACUACAACGGGGGAGGAGCGUUCAUAGAUGCAGACAGAUUCGCGGAUCAGGGUGUGGAGGUGCUGGCUCGCUACGCUCAGGUUCAACCGGACGAGCUGCGCUUGGACAUCGACCUGAACGGCCAAGCGAAGGCGGGACGUCCAAAUUACGGAGGGCAGGCGGCAGUGGUGCUGUCUUCGGUAGGACUUGGCAAGGCGUUGCUGUUCGGAACGCAUCCCGAGUUCUCGCUCCUCCCGACUUCGACACCAGUCGUGUUAGCAGAGAAUGGACAGGCUCAGGCGCAGGAGCAGAAUGACCGCGAGGAAAGAGACAGACAGCUCAGGAUGCACGAGCGGCGCCGACUGCAAUGGUUGCAUGAACUGUUCACGCAGCGACUGGGUUUGCGAUCGGAACUGCCGCAGUGGGCGGAGCCUACCGCAGCUGCUGGCUCAAAGCACCUUGAUUCCAGCAAAAGGGACGCGGCUGGCACCGCCAUCGAGACGGAAGAGCCGAAGCUGCAGCCCAUCUUCCUUGCUUCGAUCGGCAGAGACUCGGAUUCGGUAACAGACGAGAUCGUGCAGAAGCUUGCUGCAGAAAAGGUGUCGACUCCUGCUGCUCACAUUGAAGGAUACGACGCAUGCACAGCUUUGAAGAGCGCAACAUUAGCGUGCGUCAAGGACUCAAAUGACGCCAUGCACUUUGCUCUGGCAGAUGCGGAAAACAUCCUGGAGGCUCAGAAAUUGUGUUCUUCCGCCGACUACGACGCUUUCUCGAAAGCCGUCGUCCCAGCACCAUCGGCUGAUGCCACCGCAGCCGAGGAUUCGACACAAGACAAGGAAGUAGACUUGGACUCGGUGCCAAAGUACAUGCUCGUCUGCAAGCAAGAACGCCCCUCCCCCGACGUCCUUCCUUAUUGGAACAUCUCCGAAUACGAAAAGUACCUCUUGCAUUUCCGCGAGGUCAACUUUGAAAAAGAGCGCCACAAGGAGAAGGGACACUGGUCGACGUGGCGUGCUCCAUUUGAUCCUUUCAAUCCCUUUGGCGCCUCCAACAGCGGCUUCGCGAGUGCAGAGUACCGAUUCGGAACGCCGAUGCUGUACACACAGAUGGUGACAUCGACACAAACGAUGCUCGACAAGAAUAUUCGCCUGCUCUCUGCCCUACCCGUGGGGACGACGUUCUUCGCGACGCAGCAGAUGAGCGGCCGAGGACGUGGUGGAAACCGAUGGAUCUCGCCCAAGGGGUGCUUGCAAUUCUCUGCCGUGUUCCGCGUGCCCGUAUCGAUGGCGAGCAAGACGGUGUUUCUGCAGUAUCUGUCAGGCCUAGCUGUCGUCGAAGGUAUUCGCAUUGCACUCGGCGACAGCGAGGCUGGUAGAGCGGUGGCAGACAAAGUGCGGAUCAAGUGGCCAAACGACAUUUACGCCGAGAUCCCGCCUCUCCAUGCAGAAGCAUCGGCCGAAACGGGUGCGGCUGCUCGAGCGAAAACGGCGACGUUCGAGCUGAACGGCAAACGUUACGCCAAGCUAGGCGGCAUCCUGGUCAACUCUCAAUUCAGCGGCGGGAACGAGUUCGUCCUCAUCUCCGGUUGUGGCGUCAACUGUCUCAAUCCUCGUCCCACCACCUCCGUCUCCGAUCUGAUUUCGAUCCACAACCAAUCGCUUAUCGCAUCCAAUGCCGAUCCGUCUACCCUGCUUCCACCGAUCACGCAAGAAAAACUGGCAGGAGCCAUCCUCUCAACCUUUGAUUCGAUCUGGAAAACCUUCAUGCAGCACCAGGGAGAUUUCCGGCCGUUCGUCGAGCGGUACCGUCAAGUCUGGCUGCAUAGCGAUCAAGAGACGACGUUGACGUCGGAUGCUCUCCGAGCAGAGGGCUCGGAAGCGGAAGAGGAGAGCGUGAGGAUUGUAGGUAUCUCUUCGGAUUUUGGGCUGCUGCAGGCCGUUCCGAGGACAUCGGGUGUGAGGAGCAGGGAUGGGAGAGCGUGGGGUGAUACGGACGAGUCGAACACAGGUGGCAUCAUUCAGUUGCAGCCGGAUGGGAACUCGUUUGAUAUGCUGCAGAACUUGGUCAAGCGCAAGAUCUGA